ACUUUGAAGGGUGCAACCGUACGAGAGUCUCGCGUCCCGGAAUGGGUGCUUUGCCCUCUUCAGACGAUCCUUAUGGUCCCUCAAGUGAUCGAACAAGACUCCUCGCCGGCACCGCUUUGCUUGAAGACGGCUCCAGGGGGUUGAUGGACAGUCAGAGGAUUGCACUAGAGACAGAAGAACAAGGCGCGGAUAUCCUUCGAAGCCUUCGCGGCCAGAGGGAACAAAUUCAGAACGCCAGAGACAUGCUUUCUCGAGCCGAUACGUCUAUCGAUCGUGCCUCAGGCACGCUCAAGAAGAUGAUUCGCAGGUGGAUAUAAUGCACCGCAGAAUGUACCAACAGCGCGUCGUUACUGCCGCCAUCAUCGUCGUCCUCGUUCUUCUGAUAGGCAUUAUUCUCUGGGCCAAACUGCUUCGAUGAUGAUACAUUUUGCCUCUCGCUUACUAGAUUCUCGCCAUCACGUCUUCUCCUCAAGACUCUCGUGGCAUUCACUGCUGACUGAGGACUUUCUCUGUGUUUACACACCUGUAAUGGAACAUUGUUGUAUUUAUGGAUUUCACUGGCACUUGCUUAUAUCAAACUGCAAUCUCGUUUCAGCAUUAAGGCAGAAUAAUGGCUAACCUCUUGA